AUGGAUGGAGGCGACGAGGAAGAAGGCGGGAGAGUGGAGAGAGAUGCGUUGGCGAAGACGAAGACAGCGACACUGCGGUUGCUAGCUCUACUUUCUUUCUUAUCUCUCAUGUAUUCCUACUUCUUCUCAGGUUUGUCAUCCUACUACAACAUUCAAUUCUCCACAUUGAUCUUCUCAUUAUUCGCCCACGCCAUGGAUCGCAAGUAUGUCUUUUUGAUCUGCAACGGCAUCGUUGCGUUCCUUGUCAAGAGCUUGAGCUUCACCUCCUCCUCCGGAGUCAGCCAAACCCCACCAACUCUAGUUCAAGAAAAGGUAGAAUAUGGUGUUGGAGAAGAAGAAGAAACUGAUACGCGGGAGGAAUGCAGUUAUGGAGCUCUCAGUGAAGAGGAAGAGGACGAGGAUGAGGAUAACGGAGGUGUUGAUGAGGAUGAUAAAGGCGGGGAGGGGGCGUCGAGAGAGGAAGAGGUGAGCACGGAGGAGUUGAAUCACAAGUUUGAGGAAUUUAUCAAGAAAAUGAAGGAGGAAAUCAGGAUUGAAGCCGAGCAACCUCUCAUAGCUGUUUAG